CAUUAGAAAAUUGAGAAAGAGCCUAUAGGAUUGAUUGCUAGUUGCGCCACUAUCUAAACCAAUUCCCUCUAUAAAUGUUACUCUCAUAACACUUUUCUCUGCUUCCCUAAUUCAUUCAUCAAUCACCAACUUCAACAAUUUUACUAAAAUUAAUUAAACAAGAUGGAAGGUGGUGUACCAGAGGCUGAUAUCUCUGCUUUUAGAGAAUGUCUGUCUCUUUCAUGGAAAAAUCCUUAUGUCUUACGACUUGCUUUCUCUGCUGGUAUUGGUGGCCUUCUCUUUGGCUAUGACACUGGAGUCAUAUCUGGGGCACUAUUAUAUAUCAGAGAUGAUUUCAAAGAAGUAGAUAGAAAGACAUGGCUUCAGGAAGCAAUAGUGAGUAUGGCCCUUGCUGGAGCAAUCAUAGGUGCUGCAGUUGGUGGAUGGAUUAACGACCGAUUCGGAAGGAAAAAAGCGAUUUUAAUUGCAGACACACUCUUUUUUAUUGGUUCAGCAAUAAUGGCUUCUGCAAUGAGUCCAUCUAUUCUCAUUCUCGGUCGAGUUUUUGUUGGUCUUGGUGUUGGAAUGGCUUCAAUGGCUUCUCCGUUAUACAUCUCAGAAGCUUCUCCAACUAGAGUAAGAGGUGCCUUAGUUAGUCUCAAUGGAUUUCUUAUCACUGGGGGACAGUUUCUCUCCUACCUCAUCAACUUGGCCUUCACAAAAGUACCAGGAACAUGGAGGUGGAUGUUAGGAGUAGCAGCAGUACCGGCUCUAUUACAAUUCACACUGAUGAUUAUGCUCCCUGAAUCGCCGCGUUGGUUGUUUCGAAAGGGAAAAGAAGAAGAAGCUAAAGCACUAUUAAGAAGGAUUUAUUCACCCGAAGAAGCUGAAGCUGAAAUUAAUACUUUGAAGGAAUCAGUUGAACUAGAAAUCAAAGAAUCAGAAUCUUCUGAUAAAGCGAGCAUAAUCAAAAUGCUGAAAACUAAAACAGUGAGAAGAGGUUUAUAUGCAGGAAUGGGACUUCAAAUAUUCCAACAGUUUGUAGGGAUCAACACUGUCAUGUACUAUAGUCCAGCCAUUAUUCAGUUAGCUGGUUUUGCAUCCAAUCAAACAGCACUUCUUCUGUCAUUGGUCACAUCUGGCUUGAAUGCAUUUGGAUCAAUUUUGAGCAUAUACUUUAUAGAUAAGACAGGAAGGAAAAAACUUUUGUUGUUCAGUUUGUCUGGUGUUGUUUUGUCCCUUGUUGUUUUGACUGUUGUGUUCCAUGAGAGUUCGACUCACUCGCCGAUGAUUAGCGCAAUCGAAACCUCCCACUUCAACAAUACUUGCACUGAUUACAGUACUUCUCUAAACCCCGGUGGAUGGGAUUGUAUGAAGUGCCUUAAGGCUUCUCCAGAUUGUGGCUUUUGUGCUUCUGGAGCUAAUAAGCUACUACCUGGAGCAUGUUUAAUUUCCAAUGACACCACAAAAGAUGAGUGUCAUAAAGAGCAUAGACUAUGGUACACAAGGGGGUGUCCUAGUAAAUAUGGAUGGCUUGCAAUAAUAGGUCUUGCACUUUAUAUCAUAUUUUUUUCACCUGGGAUGGGAACUGUGCCAUGGGUGGUUAACUCUGAGAUUUACCCUUUAAGAUAUAGAGGAAUAUGUGGAGGAAUGGCAUCCACAUCCAAUUGGGUCUCAAAUCUUAUUGUUGCUCAAUCCUUUCUAUCAUUGACAGAAGCUAUUGGAGUUUCAUGGACAUUUAUGAUAUUUAUCUUCAUCACUGUUGCUGCCAUUGUCUUUGUUAUUAUCUUUGUACCAGAAACUAAAGGGCUUCCUAUGGAAGAGGUGGAGAAUAUGCUUGAAAGAAGAUCUCUAAACUUUAAGUUUUGGCAGAGAAGUUCUGAUUCUGGUGAAGUGUUGACACAGAAGACUUAGUCAAUUUAAGUUAAUUUAAGUUAAUUGUGUUACAUAAAUAAUGUUUUAUGUUGGAAUGUUAUCAAAGAACUAUAUUUGUUCAUACAAAGGUCUUGAAAUAGUAAAAUGUGGAAUGUUUGUUCAACA